GUCUCCAGCUUAGCCCGCUGUCAGUCAGUCCGCUCUCGCUGCACGCCAGCCUGCCCGCCCGACCGCAUCGCCAGCGCAGUCCGGCCAAUAUUGCGGCGCUGCUGUUGUUGCUGUCCGCCUGCUGCAGCCUCACGCCCGCCGCAUCGGGUCGUCGCUUCGUCGCUGUCGCGCUCCAGGGUUCUGCUGGUACGUCAUUGUGGACUUAAGGGACGCUGCGCUGUCAAGGGCUGUCUUGUCUUAGUCCCACCGUCUCCGCGAAUGCAUGAACUGCCCUGUCGCCGGCCAUUGUGGAAUCCUUCGCACGUCCUCUCCCUCAGUCCGUUGGAGGAGAUAGGGGGAUGCAAGAAUGAAUCGGGCUCCGUUGCCGUCGCCAACAUCGAGGGCUCCUGUCGAACCCACCGACGUCACCGCGAACGACACCGCUUCUUCGCACCCAAACCCAGCAGCACGCCCGGCGCUGCCGCGCUUCCCCCCCAGCAAGCCCGACCAGGACGACGACGAACCUGCGCACGCGCAGUCCCACGAUGAAGACACCACCGACGCCGACAUGAGCGACAGCGCCGACACAGGCCGGGUCCACGAAGCGACGCAGGCAAAGUCGUCGCCGGAUGAGCUCGAGAUCGAGCGUCUGCGCACCCUGCAGCUGAAGGCCAUCCAGAAGCAGCAGCGGGCGCGGGCGCAGGGCGCAGACGCGGCCACCCCGGCGUCGAGAACGCCCCUCGGCGGACGUCGCCCCUCGCCCAUCAAAGAGGAACCCGCCUCCGCGCUGUCGCCCACGCUCGAAGGCGCCUUCAGCAGCCCGCUGCCCACGGCGCAGACCGCCUCGACCGAGUCGACCGAGUCUGCCAGAACCAUCCGUGGCAGCGUACCCCCUACACCCGCCGGCCGCGCCCUCCGCACCCCCUCGUACCCCUUCCCUACCGUCCCAAACACCCCCGCAGCGUGGUCGUCCGCGUUCCACCAGCCCUUUACGAGCCUGUCGCCUACCGUUUCCGCAAUGUAUGGCAGAGACUAUGCUGCACCCCGAGAGCGUGUACUAUCCGAGUCUAGCACGCCCGCUGCGUCAGGGACACCGUUUGCGCCUGGGCAAAGGCCCUUGAACAGCCCCCGCCCGGAAGACCCACGUUUUCCAAGCCCGAACCUAUAUGACCUGGUUCUGUCAGUGAACUUGGAACCCGGACUCGCUGCGUGGUGGAGCAAUGUCACAAAAAUAAUGUACGAGAACUACGGAGUGGAAAGAGCGACGUUGGCCGUCCCCGCGGAUUCGUCGGAUAUUGAGAACGUCCCGUGGGGCCAGAAAUGCGCGUUCCAUGCAUCUGCUCAGGGUGAGAGCCCCCGUAUGACCACAUUCGAAGCAAAGGCGCCCGAGAAAAGUCCAAGCCCGGAAUCGGAGGACCAUGACGACCUUCCGCCGGUGCCUAUAAUACCAGACAGGAGGCCGAAAUUGCCUUCACGCCACUCGUAUGCGGGACACGAACGCCAGAAGAAAGAUGCUCCCGACAGCCCAGUGCCGGCGUUUCCUCAACGACCGCGCGGGCUUCUUCGAACCGUCAGCCAUGCACCCCAAACAGCAACAAGAGCGGAGCAUCCAUUGCGACAAGUGCUGCCCAUGUCCUAUGACGGAACCUCGUACCAACAAUCCACCCCUACUCCAUCCAGAGUGCCCACUUUCAGUGAUCCUGACUUUUCGAGUGUUGGUGGUGCAGAGACUUCAACGCCUGUUGCUGUGUACCCUGUACUGCGCGCCCUAGAUCAUGAACCUGAUCCGCUCAUUGACAACUCCGGUGUCAAUCGGGUUUUGGAAAGAGGCCGUGUGGUGACACUGACUAGAGACUACUCACCGUCGUUCUCUUCUGGCCACAGCUCAAGCGACUCGUCACACGAAGAUCUACCUCAACCGCCCACAAAAACUCACGGAUCCACGCAGGAAGCCCAGCGGCCCUCAAACGUUCGAACACGCACAGGCCAAGCGUCUAAAGCAUCAGAACAAAAUGAUCGCCGACUACAACCUCGCUACGAAGAGUACGAGCAAUUCCCUAGCUCGCCCUGGGCGCAGUCCCCCGCUCCGUCGCCCGCAGUUCAGAAUGAUGCAUCAGAGAAUCCUUUCUUUGCGACAAGCAAUGUUGACGAAGAGACUUUCAACCCCUCUAGUUCCACCCAGGACUACACCCAGUACGGCAUUGUCGAAGCGAUCGGUGUCGACAAAGCCAGCACUGUAACACAUAUACCUCUGAUUCACCCCACAUUAUCACAGACAAUGCAGGCUCCCGAUCCCGGAACGCCCUCUCAUACCCCGUCUCCCUCUAGAAGAGUGUCUGAGCAGUCCGUACCAGAAUCGACGGCUCCACGAGAGGACUUUGAGCGUAAAGCACCCAUUGCCAUACUAUCCAUCCUAUCGCCCAUCGUACCGUAUCCUCGAAACCUUACGAAUUCUCUCAAGCAUUUCGGUCCCCAUCUAGCGACUUCCUUCUCGAACGCGUGGCAAUUUUCAAACGCGCAGGCUCAAGCGACGGGCACUGCGCAGCGGCGAUUUGGUUCAGGUCAGACACCAGGCCUGGCGCCAAUGGCGGGUUCAGAGCGCCUUGAGAAUCUCAUGCAUCUCGAUCUUGAGAGUAUUGGCAACUCUACUGGUGGGAGCGUGACAAGUCCCUCGGAUUACUCUGGGCGCUCGAGACCGAGCCCGGGUGGCUCCAUUGCGGGUACCCCAGGCUGGGAUGCCAGUGCCCUCGGGUUGUCCAGCAAGCAGUCUGUGACUAGUACUCCAGGACACUUGGCAGGCAGUGAAGCCGUGGAAAGCUACUUUGAUAGCAAGAAGAGGAGCACUCGUGGACAACCCGCGGCACACGAACAGAACCGCAAGCCAGAAAAGCACGCAGGAAAGAGAAUGAGUGUUAGCAGCGUAGCGGAGACUCCUGAGGACGACGCACCAACGCCAAGGAAUGAGAAGGGCCUCACCGAAGAAGCGCAAGGAUCGCGAAAAGCUCGAAUGGCGCCUCGAGGGCACUCGCUUCUCCAUUCGUAUGGAGCGGAUUUCAGCUCUUCGUUCCAGUCGCUCCCUACCGCGACGGCGACUACGCCUGGGCUUCGGACACCGUUGACACCAGCCGGCCACGCACGGAGCAGCUCUUUGUCAGAAAUUCUGCCUGCUCCGAUCAUGCCACCUCCGUCCGAGAAUCUUCUACGCACGAUUAUCGACUCUUUACCAGUCCAGACCUUCACUGCCCUUCCCACUACUGGGGCCCUCACUUGGGUAAAUUCUAAGUUCUUGAUCUACCGAGGCCAGGAACAACAUCAAGUUCUACAAGGGCCCUGGGAUACGAUACAUCCUGAUGAUCGCGAAGGAUAUCUGGAGCAAUGGAACAAAUCUCUGCGGACGGGACAGCAGCUGCAAAAGAAGGUUCGAUUACGAAGAUUUGACAAUCUCUACAGAUGGUUCUAUGUACGAGUGGCGCCCUUGAAGAAUAAGCGUGGCCAGAUCGUACAUUGGAUUGGAACCAACAUGGACUUCCAUGAUCAACACCUAGCAGAAAUUAAUUCUGCCCGCCAGCAAGAGACUGCCGCAUCAGAAGCCAAAUAUCGCGCGCUUGCCAACUCCAGUCCUCAGGUGGUCUUCGUGGUCUCCGAUCGCCGCGGUCUGACAUUCUGUAACUCUCAGUGGGAGACCUACUCUGGUCAGACGGAGACGCAAGCGCAUGGGAAUGGCUUCCUUGAGCACGUGCAUCCUGAGGAUGUUAUCAAAUGCAAAUUGCCAGAGAUGUCGGACGAUGGCUCUGCCAAUGUGCCCACUUCUUUACCGACAGAACAUGCUCGUCAAGACUCGUCGUCGUCCGACGAUUCUUCUGAGACCGAGAAGACGAUCACUAGCCCCGGGAGCUCGCCGGAUAGGAUGGACAUGCCUCAGGCAAAACUCUCGAGGCUCGCUAGUACAGGUAUUCUCAGGAUCAAGAAGGAUGCUGAUGGCCGCGCCUCUUACUCUACUGAAGUCCGACUCCGUAACAAGGCAGGAGAAUAUCGAUGGCAUCUUGUUCGCAUCUUGCUCGAGAAGUCGCUCGCAGAGGAUAGUGAGGAAGAGACUUGGUACGGAACCGCUACCGACAUCAACGACCACAAGCUUCUUGAGCAGACCCUCAAGGAAACGAUGGACGCCAAAGGUCGCUUCCUCAGCAACAUGUCUCACGAAAUCCGCACGCCGCUCAAUGGUAUCUCCGGCAUGGUCAACUUCCUGCUGGAUAGCCCGCUCAACCCAGAGCAGCUCGAACACGUUAACAUUAUCAAGGCUAGCACGGACAGUCUGCUGAAUCUCAUCAAUGACAUUCUAGAUUUGUCCAAGGUGGAGGCAGGCAUGAUCAAGCUUACCAUGGAGUGGCUCCACUUGCCUUCUCUACUGGAAGAGGUGAACGACCUUAAUAUGGGUCUCGCCAUACAGAAAGGACUGGAGCUCAACUACGUCAUGGAUGAAGGCGUGCCGUUGAUGGUCAAGGGUGACAAGUUCCGCAUCCGUCAAGUGCUCUUGAACGUCGUCGGCAACGCGAUCAAGUUCACACAAAAGGGCGAGAUCUUCGUACGCUGCCGACUCCAGCCUUCGGAUAAGACAGGACCGUUGGCUAAUAACGAGACCAUGGUACGCUUUGAAGUCAUUGACACAGGAUUGGGUUUCACCGAGAACGAGGCCAAGUAUUUGUUCAAGCGGUUCAGCCAGAUCGAUGCGAGCAGCACGCGUCAACAUGGGGGUACAGGUCUUGGGCUGGCGAUCUCGAUGCAAUUUGUUGAACUUCAUGGAGGACGAAUGGACGCUCAAAGUAUUCCCGGCAAGGGCUCGACCUUCUUCUUUACCAUCAAGUUCGGCCUGCCCUCAGAAGAUGACUAUCCGCAACCGAAGCCUUCAACCCCAGGCACACCGGCACUUGAGCCAUCUAUACCGGUCCCGGCGUUGCCAAUACAGCCUGCAGCACCCCUGUCAAAGCUUACACAACCGCCGCAUCUCGCUCAGUUCCGUCACGAGCGCUUCUCCAGCAGUUCUUCUGAGAAGAGCGAAUCGGUCAAGUCGCCUGUACCGAGUCUUACCGCGUCCGAGCGGUCUCGUGCAUCUCCUUCUCUCUCAUCGGGGAGCUCGGAUCACUCUCUUACCAGUGCCGCUCUGACCGGGAAGUCAAGUCUCCGUUCAGAACGCUCGUCGGCCUCGUCUUUCCUGCAGGAGAGUACACUAGCGAACGCCGAGCCGGAGAUGAAGCUUGCUCUCCCAUCUAAGAGAUCGGCGAGUGACGACUCUCCCAUGAGCUCAGAGGAGACUGUCACCGCCAUUGGAGCUCAGCGCAGCCUGUCGCCACUUGGCAGCUCGUUGCAGCCUCCGAUGUAUUCGAUUCUAGUUGUGUGCCCGUUGGUGCACAGCAGAGAAGCUACCAUCCGACACAUCAAGCAGACUCUGCCCACCGGUAUCCCGCAUCAAGUCACAGGACAACCCAGCCUAGUCGAGGCCCAGCGCAUGAUUGGUGGUGACGACCCCGUCCUCUUCACCCAUGUUGUGCUCGUCCUGCACGAGACAACCGAAGUCAUCACGAUCAUGGACCAGAUCCUGAACUCGAUGGUGCACGGCAAUGCCUCUAUAGUGGUUGUGUCGGACCCCGCACAAAAGAAAGAAUUGAUGAGCGCAGCACCCAUGUACGACUACGACCAGCUGCUGACAGACCGCCGCUUGCAGUUUAUCUACCGCCCGCUCAAGCCGUCCAAGUUCGCCGUCAUCUUCGACCCGCAGAAGGAGCGCGAGUCCAGCACCGACCGCAAUCAGGAUACCGCGCAGCAGGUCGUGUUCAAUCAAAAACUUGUGUUCGAGGAGCUUAAGCGGAGGCUCGGCGGCAAGGGGCACAAGGUGCUGCUGGUCGAGGAUAAUCAUAUCAAUCAGACGGUCGUACUCAAGUUCCUGGCUAGGAUAUCGAUCGAAGUUGAAACGGUGCUAGACGGUGUGCAGUGCACCGACAUUGUCUUCUCCAAGCCUCCAGGUUACUACUCCAUCAUCCUGUGUGAUCUCCACAUGCCGAACAAAGACGGCUAUACGGCGUGCAAGGAGAUACGCCGGUGGGAAAAGAAAAAUGGAUACAAACGCCAUCCAAUCAUCGCGCUGUCGGCGAACGUGCUUGGUGAUGUGUACGCCAAGUGCGUGGAUGCAGGGUUCAACAGCUAUGUGACGAAGCCGGUGGAAUUCAAGAAGCUGAGUUUGGUGAUGAUGAAGUUUCUGGAUCCAGUGGACAAGGAGAAGAGUCCUGAGUUGAUGCGAAAGAAAGGCUAAGGGGGAAGAAGCGGCAGGGUGUAUCAUGAAGAAAGUGGUGGAACGCAUACAUUUUGGAUCAAUAGGUUUUGCUUGCUUGCAUUAGCCAAGGGCGCACAUGAACGCAUUUG